AGAAAAGAAAAAAAAAAUUUUCAGUCGGUAUUGUGGUAAUCAAAAAGCCAAAAACCUAGAAGGGUAAAACCCUAGCAAUCUAGUAUCAAUCAACCCUUCUACCUCUCUCUCUCCUCCUGCAAUGGCGUCUCGUUAUCGUUCCAUCUCAAGACCAACUUUCAAUCUUCUCAAAUCCACAUUUACCCAAAAACCCACUUCUAAUUCCAUCCCUUCUGUUCGCCCUUCUUUCUCCUCCCCUUCAUUUUCAAGGGUUUUAUCACAAAUGGGUGCAGUUCAAUCUCUUCUUCCACUUCACUCAGCAGUAUCUUCAGCUCGUUUGACAUCUUGUCUUGGCAUAGAUUCAACCAGCUCAAGAUCUUUGUCUCAGGAGCUUGGUCUCAGUGUACCUCGAUAAGAUGGGAUAAUAGCCUGGAACUAGAGGAUAAAUACUUCAACAAGCUGCAGCAGGGCCGUAUAACCACUGUGAAGUUGUUCCUGACAAAUUCUGUAUGCAACACCACCAUGCUUUAACAUUAUCAUAUUUCAAGGAUAUGAAGUAUAUUGCUAGACAAAUUUUGUUUUAUCUUAUUGUUGAAUAGCGAUCCAGUGACUGAUAAGUUUAUCAUAAAAGGUUCUUUUAGGCCAUUUCAUUUUCAGGCAAACUGAAAUUUUCAUGUGGAAGUAAAAAUUUCUCCUAUUCAAGUUUGAGAGUCCAGCGAUUUGCUGGUUAAGCGAUAUAGCUGGAUGGCUUGCUUUGAUAUCAAA